GCUGACGUGCUGGAGUUUUCAUCGCUAUCCCCUUGUUAUGAAAUCGAUAAAAGCUUUCUAGCUCCGUUCUACGAGUUCUGGGUUAAUCCAUCAUAUGGAAGGUUUUAUUCUAGCGAAGGAUCCAGUCCGCACAAACAUUAGGCAUUACAUCCAUAGUGCGCAAAGAAGGAACUUUAGACAAAAUCUGAGACCUAUCUUCGUAGUUUGGAUGUUAGUAAUAUCUUUCUGUUAUGAGUAAUGGUUAGGAAAUGAAGAGAGCAGCAUUUCGGUCAAGCAGUUUGAUGGGAGUAAAAAUGAUGUAGGUGUAAAUCCCCUUGGUGACGAAAGCACAGGGCAAUCCGCUGUGGGUCGGCCAGGUAGCGUAACGUUUUGUCCGAUUUCAACAUCUACUAAUCUUGUGGGGCGCAGUCAGUUUUGGGGGGUGUAGUUUGACAUUUUUGUUGCAUGUCUAAAAACCCCAGACAAAUACACACACUGUACAUGACCGCUGGUAACCACAUGUAAAGUUCACUGUUUUCACGACUUAACCCUUAGCUCGCUGUUUACGGAUUCCAGAGCGUAUGGCGUAGGUCAGCACGCAGUUCAAGAAAUGGAUUUUUCCGGAGAGAAGCCCACACUAAAAUUUUUCACGUUAUGAGCCCGGCUCGCAGCACGUUCAUCCUUAUGCAAAUGAUGUUCACACAGGGGAUUUCUCUAACUAACUUUCACACUGUGUUGCCCUGGCUUAUUGUACGUUACACCUGGGGAGUGUCAGCAGGUUUACGACACCCGAUCAGAGUUUUUAAAAUCCCUUGUUACUAUAAGCAUGUAUAUAUUUACUAGCAAAUGACACAUAGGAGAAACCAGAGCAAAGAAAGACUAGAUAAGUUUUUUUUUUUUUUUGGGGGGGGGUUUAUCUUGCAAAAAGCCAUUCGUUCUGCAUGGUUCUCUUCAUUCUUUGUUCAUCAGUUCAGUAACCAGAGCGGCGCUGCCUGCCGGGAAUAGGGAUGACAUCAUCGCUGUUGAGAAAGGAGGACUUUGUGGCUGUGAAAGUGAAGGUCGGCCUGUACAGAACCUCGCCGCAUUCCUCGCUUUCUCACUCCUUAUUGUAUGAUCACAGCGAAGAGUAAAAACACUUCAUGGAAGAUACUACAAUCAGCAUGAUCGAAAAUGAGCAGUUCAUGAUGGACUUUUCGUACCCGCUCAUGCACCCUGUGAAGAGCGAGCCGUACCUAGCAGAGACAGCACAUGGACCUUACCUGCAGAUCAUCGAGGAGCCCAAACAGAGGGGCUUUCGAUUUCGCUAUGAGUGCGAGGGCCCUUCCCAUGGGGGCCUGCCAGGGGCCUCCAGUGAAAAAAACAAGAAGACCUAUCCAACAGUGAAGGUGUGCAAUUAUGUGGGCUACGCCAGAGUCGAGGUGCAGCUGGUGACACACACGGAUCCCCCGCGCAUCCAUGCACACAGCUUAGUGAGCAAGCAGUGCAACGAAAAUGGCACGUGCAGUAUGGAUGUGGGCCCCACGGACCUCACAGCACAGUUCAACAACCUGGGCAUUCUCCACAUCACCAAGAAAGGGGUGGUCGAGGUCCUCACCAAGAGGCUGAAGGAUGAGAAGAGGAGGCUGAAGGGGCCAAACUACCACUUCCCUGAUGCAGAGGAACAGGCCAUAGCGAAGGAGGCCAAGGCGCUGGGCAAGGACAUGGACUUGAACGUGGUGAGGCUGAAGUUCACGGCCUACCUGCAAGACAGCGACGGCAGGUUCACCAGAGCUCUGAAGCCAGUCAUCUCCAAGCCCAUCUACGACAGCAAGUCCCCAAAUGCCUCCAAUUUGAAGAUCUCGCGAAUGGACAAGACUUGUGGCUCUGUGCUGGGAGGAGAUGAGAUCUUCCUGCUGUGCGACAAGGUGCAGAAAGAUGACAUUGAGAUUCGCUUCUUUGAGGAUGGUAAGGACGGAGGCUGGGAAGACUUCGGCGAUUUCUCCCCCACCGAUGUACACAAACAGUACGCCAUCGUGUUUAAGACCCCCAAGUACCACACGAUAGACAUCGAGCGGCCCGUCACCGUGUUCCUGCAGCUGAAGAGGAAGAAAGGGGACGACUGCAGUGAGCCAAAGCAGUUCACAUAUGUUCCAUAUGUUCAAGAUAAGGAGGAAGUCCAGCGUAAGAAACAGAAGCCUCUGCCUCACUCUUUUGACCCCUGGAACGGGCCACCUGGGGGCGCUGCCGGGACUGGCAGAGGACCAGGGAACUUUGGAGGAUCCGGUGGAGCGAACGGAGGCUUUCAGUUCAACCACCUGGAGGGAGGGACCCUCUUUGGCUCCAUGGUGGGGUUUUCGGGAAGUGGCCUUCACAUAUCAGGCCCCGCGCAGCCUCAAGAGGUCCCCGCUAACCAGCAGCAGGUCCACGGGUCGCAGCCAGUGGCGUCGGCCCUCCAGCAACAACAGUUGCUCCACAUCGCCUCGGCGCUGCAGAACCGUGCCUCCCAAGCCACCAGGCAGACCGCCAGGGCACUGCUGAACUACUGCAGCACAGGGGAUGUGCGCCUCCUGUUAGCCGUGCAGAGACAACUGUAUUCCAUCCAGGAUGAGAACGGAGACACGCCGCUGCAUCUGGCCAUAAUCCACCAGCAACCUGCAGUGGUGCAGCAGCUCGUCCACAUGAUCAUCAGUAUCUCUCAGCAGAACAUCCUGAACAUACGUAAUCACCUCAGCCAGACUCCACUGCACCUGGCAGUAAUAACAAAACAGCAUGGUGUGCUGGACUUCCUGCUGAAAGCAGGGGCUGACCCCACUUUGCUGGAUCGAGACGGCAAAUCAGUCCUACAUCUGGCAGCAGACGUUGGGGAUGAGGUCCUCCUGCAAAUUCUCCUGACACACCUAGGAGAGCACAAUGCCCAUCUCGUCAACAUGGUUGACUACAACGGUAUGUACCCCAUCCACCUGGCAGUGAGGAGGGGUGGCGAGCGGUGCUUGCGAGUGCUUGUGGAAGGUGGAGCCCAGGUCGAUGCCCAGGAGAGGAAGGGUGGCAGCACCGCCUUGCACCUCGCUGUCAAGGAGAACCUGUUCAAAUUGGCCUGCAUGCUGAUCACUGAGCUCAAGGCAGAUGUGAACGCUCGCACGUUCGGAGGAAACACGCCGCUUCAUCUGGCAGCCAGCCUGGGCUCGCCCACACUCUGCUCCAUGCUCAUUGCUGCAGGUGCCAGGAAGAACCUGGAGAACGACGAGCCCCUCUUUUUCAGCUCUUCUUCCUCGGAUGAAGAGGAUGAGGAGGAUGAGGAGAAUAAGGCUCAAGCUGAGGAAGACAAAGAGAGGGAUGAACAGGCGCCGGUGGCGUUGCAGUCCAACAGAACGUCGAAGAACCCCCGCAAGAGAGCGGCUAUGGGUCAUACUCCCUUCGACCUGGCUAGGUGCCAAAAGGUGAGAGCUAUACUGGACAGCAGGCAGAGUCCCCGGCCCAUCAGGGAGACAGCGAGGCCCGCUGAGAAGCAGGAGGCAGCCAAGCCCCAGAUGGAUAAUGAGACACUCAGCAAGCUUUGUGGGAUCCUCAGCCAGGGCAACGUGCCCUUGAGACAGCUGGCCGAGAAGCUGGGCAUGCUGACACUAGCUGACCUGUACCAGGAGUGCCCCUCGCCCUGCCAAAACCUGCUGGAGAACUACCAGCUGGCUGGUGGUCACCUGGAAGGGCUGGUGGAGGCCCUGCGCUCACUGGGUCUCACUGAAGGGGUGAGGCUGCUGAGGCAGACGGAGACUAGAGACAAAUCCCAGAGCACAGAUACGACAGUGGACAGUGGCUUCGGCAGCCAGACGGGGGACUUGGAGGGGGAGGUGCAACAGGUGGUGGCCAACCCCUGACGCUGACCCCAGCAGGGGCACCAGCUCAUCACCUGCACGUCUGAGGACCAAGCCGCCCCCCUGGCCUGGUGUGGGGAAAGAGACUUCUUGGUUUGUAAGCACAAUCCCACCAGGGGUGUGUGGUCAGAACUUCGCAUCGGCAUGACGGCGGUGCAGCUAAGGGAUAACAUGAGGGCAGCUAAACUUGUACCUGCCGCAUCGGCCCUCCGCGAGGAGGCAGACGGAGCUCCUGCGUGCGUGGACAUCAACAGCUGCCUCCGUCUCGCGGCCGGGAAGAGCUUCCUGCUGCGUUACCCUGUCAGGCUAAAAGAAGGCAACUUGACCAACUUCUGCGUGGCUCAGUUCAAAGACUGAUAGUCUUGAAGAUGCACUCGGCUUUUAGCGGUCGCUAUCAAUACUGUGUAUUUGUUACAUUUCAGUCCAUCAGUACCUGUACAGUGUCCUUACCUGCGUUAUCUUGGUGUGUCUGUUGUAGUGUGUGGACAUGGAAUUUUCACUGUGGUGAGCAGUAUAGCUAUAAUAAAAUCCUCCAUUAAUAUAUAUGGUUUUUGUCCUUUUCUACA